AUGCAUCCGCCUCCGGGCUCCGAGAUCGGUGCUUCUGACGAUGGCGUCGCCUUGUCCGUCUCCAUGUCCAUGUCGACCGUGGCCAGAAAGGUCAAGUUUGUCGCCUCCGAUCCCUCGCGUGGAGGCCUUCCCGUGAAGCGCAAGCAGGUCCAGCAAGCUUGCUCGGCCUGUCGCCGGAAGAAGCCUGCGGCUGCCACGCCCCAGGCUCGCCCCGCAAGCUCACACUCCCCUGACGGUCGGAAUGAAGACUCAAACUCGCUCACGUCCCGGUUCGUCGGCGACCUGAACCCGGAGGGAAUGUUUCUCGAGGCCACCGCCUCGCGGCAGUCGCAGAAGGGAGACGUCGGCAUCUGGCUCUCCUCCGCCGCCGUGGCCAGCUCGGGGCAGCAGUCUCAGUUCAUCACCUCGCGUCCCCCUGCAAUCAUGGACCGCUUUCUUCUCCCCUUUGUCAGGGAGCAUUGCCUGUCGUGUCUGCCUCCCGAAGCCGAGUUCGCCAAGCUCAAGUCCACCUUUCUCCAGAAGAUACACCCCAUAUUUCCCGUCGUGCCCGUCUCCGCCCUCGAUGGCGCUCUCGACAAUCCAUCCAACGUCGUCCUGCGCCAGCUCGUCUGCCUCGCCGCCGGCACCGAUCCCGACAUGGCCUCGAGCCUGUACCUUCAGAACCGGGGACGCGCCCUUCUCUCCUCCCAGGACUUUUCCCAGUCCCUCUCCUCGGCCGUCCGCGCGAUCCUCGAAACCAGCAUCAUCACCGACAGGGUGCUGCACAUCCGCGCCCUCGCCAUGCUGUCCCUUUACACCCAGCCCACCUGCCCCGAGGAGGCCGACCUCCCUGCCCAGCUGGGCGGUCGUGCCAUUCAUCACAUCCAGACCCUCGGUCUCCACCUGCUGCGGUACGACGCCCCGAACUGCGACGACCUCAACAACCUCUUCUGCGCCGUCUGGGCCCUCGACAUCAUCAACGCCGCCGUCUACGGCCGUCCUUGUCUCAUUCACGAGCGCGACAUCGGCACGAACCUGGACGACUGCAUCCGGAAGCUGCCCCCCUGCUUCCGCCUCUUCCUCUCCAUCGUCCGCUGGCUCGACCAGGUCAUCGAGCUCUACCGGCCGGGCCCGAGCGCCGAGGUGUCGGGCCAAGAAAAGGUGGCUUACAUGGACCUUCCGGUCCUCGAGCAGAUGAUUGUCAACGCCGACGCCCUCAAGGUCGCGUCCCCGCUCAUCGCGACGCUCGAAACGUUCUACCACGCCGUCAUCAUUCUCUCCUGCCGCCUGCCUCGGCCGGGAACCUCCCCGGCGGCCUCGACGCUGCCCCCUCCGUCGGCGAACGCGCGACGGUCCCUCGCGGCGGAACGGAUCGCUUGUGCGAUUCCGAGAGAUCACCUGAGCCCCCUGCCGCUCAUUCCCUACGCCGUCUCCCUGGCGCUGAGUGUCGAGUAUCGCAAGAUGAGGCACAGCCGGCUGCCAAUGUUCCGCGCGAGGUCCAUGAAUGCCUUCAAGCGCAACUGCGAACUGCUGAGGAAGUUUGGCAAUCACUUCUGGAGCGCCAAGGUUGUCGCCGGCCUCGGUGAGCGGGUCCUGAAGGAGAUGGAGAGAGCCGCGACGCUUCUGAACAGGGAGGCGAGCACGAGGGAGACGAGUCCGAUCCUGGCCGACGAGGAGUCGAAAGCGGAGCCGACGGGUCAGGCGUCGCCUCGUCAGCCAGUCGGUGCCGUUGUCAACCCGACAGAGAUGAAUUCCGCCCUCGGGCUGGACAACGUUGUCGAUUUCUCGCUGAUCGAUGCCAUAUCGGGCCAGGACGUCUUUGGCUGCAUAGAUCCCAACUUCAACUUGAGUGCGGUCGAGGAUGCCCUGGAGGCGAACCUCGACAUCGGUCUACCGCUGAACUGGGGCGACUGGGGGCAAUUCGCCACGUCAUGA